AUGUCGACGUCAAUGCACUUGUCCCGUCUUCGGAAAUGGGUCCUUGCAUCUCCGCCAAUCGAGUUCGCUCUAUCCAGACUCCGAGAGUUGCUGGUUGGAGCACUCAAGCAAGGGCCAGUUCCACAACAUAUUGCUUUUGUGAUGGAUGGGAACCGAAGGUUUGCCCGAACACACGGGAUCGAAACAGUCGAAGGACAUAACCUGGGAUUUGAGGCACUGGCCAGGAUCCUCGAAGUUUGCUACCGAAGCGGAGUGAAAGUGGUCACGAUCUAUGCAUUCAGCAUUGAGAACUUUAAGCGAUCGAAGUUCGAGGUGGACUCCUUGAUGGAAAUGGCUAGGGUGAAGCUUGCUCAGAUGGCCCAACACGGUGAAAUUCUGGAUCGUUAUGGCGCCAAGGUCCGCAUCUUGGGUCGGUUGGACCUUCUCCGACCGGACGUACUCGCCGCGGUAAGCAAGGCGGUCGACAUGACCGCUAACAACGGCGAUCGAGUUCUCAACAUUUGCUUUCCCUAUACCUCUCGCGACGAGAUCACCGGCGCCAUUCGGGAUACCGUCGCCGAAUAUAGCCAGCCGCUGGACUCGGCUCACGCGGCGUCCGCUGGAUCGCGGACUCCCUUCUCGGAGACUCACAUCGCCUUGAAUAUCAGAGCGCAGAAUCAUAAGACGGAGGAAAGCAGUAGUGAUGUCGACUCCUCGUCGGAAUCUUUGUCUCAGGGCGAGGACGGGCCGCCGAAAUCAGAUCGUUUGAACAAGGUCUACGAAUCGGGCUCUUCCUUCUCGUCCUCGACCACCCUUCACCUCGGCGGCCACCAGGAGGCAGCGAACGGCAAGACUGCCGUCGUGAAUGAGUCGGGUCGCUCUGUUUUCAAAUCACCGGAAACCAUCACGAGACAAACGUUAUCAGAACAUCUUUUCACGAAGGACACCCCCCCUCUCGAUCUACUCAUUCGUACAUCCGGCGUCGAGCGCCUCAGCGAUUUCAUGCUUUGGCAGUGCCAUGAAGAUACGGAGAUCGUUUUCCUCGAUGUGUUGUGGCCUGAAUUUGAUCUGUGGCAAUUCCUGCCGGUCAUGUUAGGAUGGCAACGGAGGAUCUCGAAGUCGCGCAAGAAUCCCGAGGCCGAGGGCAAUUUUGACGGAGACUUGUCAGGAUCUCCCGAGGAAGACGAGAAGGUCAAGGGGUUGUAG